CUUUGUCAGUGAAACAACCUCUCAAAACUGCAAACGAGGCAGUUUUGAGUGACACUAUCAAUCUGCCAAGCGACUGCAUGGGUUCAUAGACUUCCGAGGAAUAAACCACAUUUAAAGCGCUUCAGGGCAAACACACGCACCCACCAGCAUCAUCAAGCCUUUCAUGCGUUGCCUCUACAUGCACAAAGAGGAAAUGCCUCUCCAUUUUAAAAAAAAAAAAAAAAAAAAAAAAUUCUUCGGUUCAUUGAUUGGCAUUUUCAGUUGUUGGGAGCUCAGUAUAUAAACACCGCACAAACCUGCUUAUAAUCACACAUCAACGAAGGAGUUGAGCUGAGAACAUCAGACAUCACAGCGACAGAAGACAAGAUGUUUACACAAAGACAGAAACACCUGGCGAACGCCCUCCUCUCAGCGGUGGCAGCGCUGCUUCUCCUGACCACAUCAGCACAAUCUGCAAUGAUUAGUAACAACCUGCAGACCACAGAGACACCUGCUCUGUUAAACUCAUCUGUGACUACACAGCUCAACAACAGCAGUAUGGAGGAACCUCGGGUUCUGCUCUCACAACAAAAACCAUGCAGAAGUGAACAUGAAAACUACUGUGCAAACGGUGGAACGUGCAUGUACCCCCAAGACAACGACAAACCUUUUUGCAUCUGCACGUCGAUGUAUGCCGGGGAACGCUGCCUCUUCAUCGUUGCUCCCACAUCUCACGGGCCUCAGAUAGAGUUCCUCAUUGCCUUCUGGUUUGGGGUCGCCAUGCUCUUCAUUUUCCUGGUGAUGAUCUUCUCCUGCUGUGCCUAUAAGAUUUUUAAAAAAUCAGCGAAGCUAAUAAAAUCUGCACCGUCCCAGUCAGUGUGACCUUCUACAACUCACCUGUUCAUCAUCAUCAUCGUCGUCACCACCAUUUCUACCAUAACAUUUCAUCACUGUACAAUCCACAGCAUUGCAAAACAAUUUACUAAGCCAUUAAGAGACUGUAUGUUUUUAUUUAUUGGACUUUUGAUGUGCAUAAAGAUGACCACUUUUAGGUUUGACACCAUUCAAACAAGCAAAGAAAGACUAAACUGUGUCUAUUUAUGUUUAACUCUGUCAGAUAUUAAUUUAAAUUGUAAUUUAAAGAAUGAGGGAGAACAACUUUGACUAUUUAUUGUAAUAUAGCAAUUAACUUAUUGUUCGAAGUGUUCGAUUUAUUUUAAAUUUUGUAAUAAACUUAUAAAAAAAAAAUUAUGUGUUG